AUGCGAUGGAGCGAGUUCGCCGUCGUGGACGAUGACGAGGACGACCUCGCCGAUCGAACCUCAACAGUGCCCAUUAUCCACCGCCACAUCUACGUCAACAAGCACUGGGUCACCACCUCGAUCACCGUCCAAGACCAAGCCAUGCGAACGGUCCUCCUCGAUGUGCUGGCCAAGUACCAAGAUCUCGACCCGGAGCUAGAGAGUUGGACUUUCGAACCACCCUUCAUGCCGCUCGUCCAUCGCUGGGAAGAUCUAAAGGCCUACCAGGCCGAAUCUCCCGCCGGUGCAUUGAGAAAUGCGGCAUCCGCGCUGCUCGCCUUCCUUACACCCAUCGUCGCUUCGUCGGUCGUGUCCCUCGCCAAGACUAGGAAGACGGGCAAAGUCAACUUCGACAACGUGUGGCAAAUCUUCCCGCCCAGCUCGCUUGUCGUGACCAAAUUCUUCGGCGUCGACGCCGUGUGCCGUGUGCUCAAGUACCGCAAGCGGCCCGAGGACCGGUGCGGCAACCCCGCGGCCUGGGUCAUCGACAUGGAAUAUGUGGACUGGAACGGCGAGAACUGCGGUUACACCACCACGACGCUGACCAUCUGGGAUUUCGAAGGGUUCCGUCGUGUGAUCGGGUUGCCAGUCUUCCCCAUCUCGUUCCUGCCCGAUGUGGAGACGACCAAGGCGGCUCUCAUCGAGCGCGGCCGCAAGUUUGAGAGACUUAGGGGUUACAAUUUCAUGCUUUCCAACGGGACCAAGGUCCUCCUCGAAAGCGAAAAGCCGGAGCAGCGACCUGUGGCGGGAAAGGUUUGUGUGGAUGCAUACGCCUACUACGGCAGCUGCAACAUCGUCAAGCCCAAGCUACGCACGCUGUUCCCCGAGGACGACGGGGAUAACCCCGACGCCGCAAUGGAAGAUGCCGAGCUAUCCGACACACCCUACGAGACCAACUUCUCCAUCGCGCCGGUCGAGGCCGUGUCGGCAGCCAAGGGCCCGGCCGAGCGAACCGAGGACCUCCGCCCUCUCACAGACGAACACUGUCUUUUGAGCACCCCCUGGAUGAAGGGCUUCGAUCUAAAAUCCAAGGACUGGUGCGAGCUCCGCAUCGACGACCUCCAGGACAUGGCCUGGAAUGACGAGGCCUUCGAGAAGCUCGUGCUUCCCGGCGGCGAGAAGGACCUCGCCUGGGCGUUUGUCGAGAAUAAGAGUCUGUCCAAGGCCGGCUUCGACGACUUCAUCCCCGAUAAGGGACGCGGACUCAUUAUUCUCAUGUUCGGUCCGCCUGGUGUCGGGAAGACUUUUACGGCGGAGGCGGUCGCCGAGCGGUCCAGAGUUCCGCUAUACUCUAUGAGCGCGGGUGAUUUGGGAACGCAGCCUUCGGAUGUGGAGAAGGCGCUUGAGCGGGCGCUGGAGUUGUGUCGUAUGUGGAAUGCCAUGUUGCUUCUCGACGAAGCGGAUGUAUUUCUUGGCGCUCGCACCAACGAAAGUCUUGCGAGAAAUGAGCUUGUGUCUAUCUUUCUAAGGCAACUCGAAUACUACCAAGGCAUCCUGUUCCUGACCACCAACCGCAUUUCGAGCAUUGACCACGCCUUUCAAUCCCGCGUUGAUCUCUUCCUCCCCUACCACGACCUCACCCCCAAAGCCCGCCGCACUGUUUGGGACAACUUCAUCACGCGUGCCGGACGAGAUAAAUUCGAUCUCGACGAAGAGGCGCUGCAGAAAUUGGCUCGGCUUGAUCUCAACGGGCGCGAGAUUAAGAACCUCAUUAAGAGCGCGCAACUGCUUAGCUUGAAGAGUGGCGGCAAGGUGCCUAUGGAUCGACUGUAUAUGUUGGCUGAUAAGCGCGUACAGGCCUUGGCAAUGCUGGAGGACGAAUGUCCAGAAACGAAGCGCCGGAGGGUGGAUUAG